AUAAUAAGUGGCGAUUAAGAGAAAAGGAAUUGACUUUUUAACUUCAAAAGUCAACCCUUCAAUGGAGGUUCAUCUUGCUGCUCUUCUUCUUCUUUUUUCUUGCUUUGCAACUGCUUCAUAUGCUCAUAAUGUCCACCUCUCUGCCCUUAACCAAUCCCUCACUGUUUCGACUUCAACCGCACCCGACAAAGUUUUGAAGACAGGGGUAGAUCAAGUAACGAUCACGUGGUCGUACAAUCAGACCCUCCCAACCGUGGCCGACUCAAACUACACCACCGUGGAAGUGAAGUUAUGCUACGCACCCGUUAGCCAGAGCGGCCGAGAUGACCGCAAAACAGAUGAUAAUCUGGAUAACGACAAGACCUGCCCGUUUGACAUCAUGGACGGGCCAUACAAACGUUCAAACAACUCGUUUGUUUGGACCAUUCCUAGAGAUAUCCCCACGGCUACGUAUUUUGUAAGGGUGUACGUUAUAAACGCGAAGAACCAUGAGAUAGCGUAUGGCGAAUCCACGAAUGCGGUCAAGGCCAGCAGCUUGUUUCAGAUCGAGGGAGUCACGGACGACCAAGUCCAAGCGUCGGCAGCGUGGCCGACGUUGGGGAAUUGUUUCGGGCACGGGUAUGUGUGGCUUGGUGUGUUAUUUCUUGUGUAAAUUGAUUGAUGAUGUUGUAUUAGAUUUAUUUCAUGUCAAUAAGAUAUGUACGGAAACUUGUUGUUUCCAUAUAUGUCCUUCACCCUGUAAGCUUAUAUGACCUUUCUACCCUUUGUUUACUGACUUCUUUGGCAAUAAAAGAAUCAAGCUCUUAAAAAA